GACUACAUUGUAAUGGGGACUUAUAACUCUUUGCGGGAGAUCUCAAAUUCAGAAUGAUAAGGUCAAGGCCUAAAUUUUUACAGCUAUUGCGAAACUCAGGUUUUAGCCUAACUUUCAAGUUAAGCCAGGGAACGUACAGACUACAUUGUGAUUGAGGCAAUGCGUCUUUAUGUUGUUUGAUCGAGUAGGUUUCGUUAAAAUGAUGAUAUAGAUUAAUUACUGCUUGUAAUAUAUAAACCUAAAUUUACCACCAUGGGAAGCUGUUGCUCGUCUAAUCGUGCUGCAACCGUGGGUGUUGAUCCCAUUCAUAAGGCAAAAGAUCGGAACAACAUUACAGAAAAUACAGGGAUAUCAAACGGGACCACAGACCCUUUAAAACAAAACAAGGACAGCGGCAAUAUCAAGCAAAAUCCGAGUUUUACAAUAACUCCGAAAUACACACAGGGAGUUAACGCUCCAAUUGCGGCACCCACGCAUGGAAGGUCUGGCAGUUCAGAUACCAAAACAUCCUCAGCGAUAUUCCCAACGUCAGGUGGAUAUAAAAACACUGAUUCACGUCAACAACAUACAAAUGAAUUAUUAUCACCAAAUAAAUCAGACGAUAUCACAUUAUCAACGCCGUAUAACAAUACUGACCACUUGAGGGCAUCACCCUAUUUGUCGAGUCUAAGUAACAGGAAACAAUACAAUACAGCAAACACAGAUGCGAAUCGAUUUACGGGUUUCGAUGCACCCGUAGCAAAUACGGAUUCUGAAAACGAUUUCGAUUCUGACAUUGAAAAAGAUGUAAAAGUAUCGCACCAAGGUGAAGUACGGAGUCCAUCAAACGUUAGUUUAUCUUCUUUACUUGAGGAAGAAAGUGGCAACGUGCCAAAUCCAGCUAAUGUAAGGACUGCCGGAACAUCUGAAAUUCUGGACUCGAGACCAAAUCAACAAAAUGUAAGAACAAAUGGCGAAACUCAAUCUGAACAAUUAAUAAUAAAUAGUCAAAGCACAGAAAACAAAGAUCCCGUGGAUGUCGUUGAAUACACUGUGAAGAUGGCAACUUUAUCAAUGACUACACCAAGAAUCGAAACCAGUGGUUCGCCUAAGAGUAAAAGAAAAUCACCUACACCAUCACGGAGUGGAAGUCCGAGGCCUCGUUCGGAACCUGAUCCUAUCAUGGAAACGUUAGAAGAUGCAUUCUUCAGAUUUGCUCGUUACGGUGAAGUAAACAGUGAAGGACGUGAGAUGAACAACAAAAAUUGGGCAAAAUUAUGUCGAGAUUGUGAUUUUGUUGAUAACAGAACUAUAUUGACUGGAGACGUAGAUGUCAUAUUUUCGAGACACAAACCCAAAGGCCAAAGACUGAUUGACUUCGAUAUGUUUGUAAAAUGCUUGGAAGAAAUUGCAGAUCGAAAAUAUAAAGCGAUAACAGAUGACAAAAAUCGCAGAAGGAAAGUGUUUGAAAACGUAAUUGGAAAAGCCCCAGAAUAUGUUGGAAUAACAGGUAUUUCAAAAACCGGAAACGUGGGACGAAUGACAGAUCACUCACUUUACCCAGCUGGACAUAAAAUGAGAUUCGAUGAGGAGGGUCGAGGAUUAGGAGUUGAAGACUUGCAGUCCUAUGAUCCAACCGAACACGGAUAUGUACAAGGAUACAAAGAUAAAGAUACGUAUGAUCUCAAGCUAUCGCGACCUUCAUCAAGAAGUAGUCUUCGGCCGGUUUCACGAGAAGCUUCGAAUUUAUCCCAACGAUCAAACUCCAGACUCAGCCCUCAAAGCAGAAGAAGAAAUUUAGACUCUCAUUGAAAAUAUGACAGAAGUUUUACUUAAUGUGUAUUCUGAAAAUUAGCUGACCCUGGUAGUUUAAAACCAAGCAACCUGUACCACGGUUUCAAACUCAGAUUCUAAAUUUCAAACUUGUUUUUAUGGCGGUAAUUACAACCUUCACCUAACAUAGAAUAAGAUUUGCUGCUGCCAAAAUUCAAGUUCAUGUUUAAAUUUUGUUAAGUGGAUAGAGAU